GCUGCUUCACUGUGGCCAGAGCAUCACUCAGACAUAUCUGUGUUUCAUGCACUUUAUCAACACCUAAAACAAGCGAGUAGGAACUCCGUGUCUUUCUCGAAGACGCUCCAGCAGGCCGCAUGGAUGGGGAUGAAAACGUCACUCGUUUUGCUGUAAGUCACUGUGAAUCGGAAACUCUCCAACAGGUGUUUUCCACACUUGACUCUGUCUCUUUACUUUUCCCUUUGCAAAGCUCUUAUCAGCCGGGUUACAUAACAAAAACCUGCAGUUUCUGGAGACUGAACAGCAGAGAGACAUUGAUUUAGUGAGUAAUGUCAAAUAUCAAUAUCUAUCUGUGAUGUGAACUUGCUUUGGUAGAGUUAAUUCUUACAUUUGUGAUCGGCGUUUCAUAAAGAGGAAUUAUAAUUUCAAUGUUUUGUUAAAAUAUGUGGAAAAUUACGUCUAAUGUCUGUGUUACAGGAGGCAAACUUAGCUGUUCAUGUUAGCUCUGAGUGUGUGUUCCUGCUUUAGCACUGGUAUCACAGGUUUUGGUGGAUAUCUCGCUCUGCAGUCAAACCCUGUGAAAGCUCCAGAUGUGAAUUCUUGCACCCUGAUAUCUGAAGUGGCCUCCUAUCUGCUGUGUUCCUGUUGACAUGUUCACAGUACUUACUCUGUAACCCAGCAGCUGGUUUAAAUGUAGCUCGUUGCUAAUUCUGGCCUCAACUGUAACAAAGAGGAAGCUGAAACAAACAGAUGAGGGCCGCAGCUUCCUGAGGAGAUUUCCCCAUGAGCUGUGAACAGAAUAAAGACCAGCACUUGCAACCUACUGACUGUAUACAUGAUCUAAUGUACAUGAUAUGGGAAUGAAAAGAGAGAGGGAGGAAAAAAAGCAACAGAAAAUUAACUCAACUGGGUCUUGUAAAGCAGAGUUGACAAAAUCUUUGAGUUCUUCUUAUAUCUUUGAAUUUUAAUGCCUUUAUUUGGGAAAAUGGGAAGAGAAAGAGAACGAGUGUGGGGAGUGACAUAAGGGAGAGGAGCCACAUACUGAAACUGAACUCAGGUUUUCUGCUUUAAUCGCAACACCCCAACACAGAGCACUCUUUUAGCUCUAGCUUUUACAGUUUUUUUAGGCUAUAAUGGGUACUUUGUGGGAACCGUUGCUCUAUUGAGUCCAUUACAGAUCUAUCCUGGCCCAUGGUACCUCUUUUUGUUGGAUAGCUCAUUCAGUCAUGAAAGUUGGCUAGUUUUGUCAUGUACUGAAUUCUGACAUCUAUCUAACUCUGGCAGUAGCAUAUCCAGUCCAGAAGCAACCUUUUCAGAAACAUUAUUUAUUUCUGUAGAAGAAAUCCAAUCUUAAUUUUGUUUUUUCAAAAGCCGUUCAGUGUGAGGUUUGGUAGAAAGACUUCUAUUGAUAGUGAUGCCGAGGUUUUUGUAAACAACCAUUCAAUACAAGUAUUGUCUGCAGCAGGAAAACAUCAUAGCCUUGGUUUUGUUUGCAUUUAGUCCUAGUCUGAGGAGUCCUAGUCUUUCACAACAAUAAAUAAGAGUAUCAUCUGCAUAGAGAUGAAGUGAUGAAUCUACAUUUAUAAAACAGUUUGUCUAUACAGGCCAGAGAGGUAAAAAAAUGUUUUGUACCUAACAAGUUUCGGCUACUUUGCCUCUGCAGCCUUCAUCAGAGCUGUCACAUGAUGUUGGUGACCCAUGCCGGGGGACACCACCAUCCUACCAUCUCAGGUGGGAUGGCAAAACCCAAAUAACUCAUCACAGACAAUGACACACCAACACCGCUGAUGAAGGCUGCAGAGGCAAGGUAGCUGAAACUUGUUAGGUACAAAACAUUUUUUACCUUUCUGGCCUUUAGAGUCAAAUCGUUUUACAAAUAUUUCAUCAACAGGCCAAAUUAACAUCUUUAGUAUAUGAUAAAUCUAUAUUUGGACCCACAUUGUUAAGAUCAAAAGGAAAGAGUGUGGGUCCUAAGACAGAACCUUGUGGCACACCUUUUGUAAUGUUAAGAAAGCUGGAGGAAGAGGCUCUGAGCUGUGAGUACACACUGUCUGCAAAACAACAAAAACAGUACACAUCCAUGUACAUGCACACAUUUUUAUCUGUGAAGUUUUUAAUUUAAACUUUUUCAUGCUAAUCUUAAGAAAGAAAAAAGCUAAACAAACCUACCUCACCUUGGACAGCUUAUUUUUUCUUUCUACAAGAACACAAAGAGUCAAAAACACACAAGCGCAUGGUGCAACCUCUGGCCCUGCGUGGGUACAGCACCAGCUGCUGAGUCUGACGCCCUCACCUUAAGUAAGGUUGUGGUUUUGGUCACAUGACCUUUCGUGCUCAGUUAUAAAAGCAUGUUUUCCGCUCUGACAGGUUGACUCUGUUGGUCAUGAUGAGGGGGCUGCUCGCACUCACCGCACUGUUUGUGGCCGUUCUCGGCAAGGACACCUUUGAGGGGUAAGCGGGCUCCCAGGGGCCUCUCACUGUGUGUACUCUACUUCUAAAUAUAUGCGUGUAUAAAUGUUCAAUAAUGUUGAAUUUCAAAGUACUGACUUUAAUUACAUUUUCCUGCUUUUGCUCAGUGAUGCUUGCUUGAAUAAACUGCUUCAAAUGGGCUAAUCGGUGAUAACUCCACUUUCAGAUUGAAUGGUGUGUUUUGUUUUAUUAUGAGUAGUUUACCAGCUAGAAUAGGCAAACAAUAGUCUUACCUCACAGUAUGUGUACCAAUCUCUCUUUUGGGUUGUGUAAAAGGAUGUGAAACAACAUUGUGGUCUUAUUACAGGCAUCAGGUGCUCCGCAUCCUGGCAAAGGAUGAAUCCCAGCUGGCUGUUAUCAAGGAGCUGGAGGACAUGGUCGAGCUUGAGGUAAAUUCAUAACAACACCUAUGAACAACAGCAAAUUAACACAAAUGAAAAGAGAGUCAGACUCGCUCUGACGUUUGUACGAUAUCUGUGUUUUCUUUUAGCUGGACAUGUGGAGAGGUGUGAGCGAUGUUGACACUCCUGUGGACAUCAGAGUUCCCUUUGAAAGCCUGCAGUCCGUCAAAAUUUACCUGGAGACUCAGGAGAUCAAGUACUCUAUCAUGAUCAAAGACCUGCAGGUAAGAGACGGAGACAAAGUCUGGAUUCUGUGACUCAGAAACGCACCAAAAUUUGCAGAAGUUUCAGCCAAAUGUUGACCUUAUUUUGUGAUAUGAGUGAUUUAUUUUCUCCUCUUUAGGCUAUGCUGGAUGAGGAGAAGGAGGAGAUGCAGUCUGCUGCUCGUGCUGCUCAGCCCAGGAACACAGACAGCUUUGACUACUCCAACUACCACAGCAUCGACGAGGUCAGCACUUAACUCACCCUGUCUACGCCAACAUUUUUUUUAUUCACAUUACAUCACGUCUUAAAUGAUGUCAAUAUGUUGAUAAAGAGCUGUUUUGUCUCCUGCUUAGAUCUACAAUUUCCAGGACAUGCUGGUGGCUGAGAACCCCAACUUAGUCAGCAAGAUUGUGAUUGGUCAGAGUUACCAGGGUCGUCCCCUGAAUGUGCUCAAGGUAAACAUAACGAGCAGUUUAUUAAAAGUAUGUCCACUCAUAUUUCCUUUAAUAGUUUGGGAUUUAUGUGAUUUUUCUGUGUCUCUCCUGUGUCACAGUUCAGCACUGGAGGAACCAACCGUCCCGCCAUCUGGAUCGACACUGGUAUCCACUCCAGAGAGUGGGUCACUCAGGCCAGCGGGACCUGGUUCGCCAAGAAGGUGACGUGUUGAAACUCAAGUUCGGCUUUUGUUUCUAUCUCACAGUCUUUGCAGUUUCUGAGCACUAAAUAAUGGAGUUUUAAAAUUUUCACGUGUAGAUUGUGACCGAUUACGGAACUGACCCUGCUCUCACCGCCAUCCUCAACAACAUGGACAUCUUCCUGGAGAUUGUGACCAAUCCUGAUGGUUUUCACUACACCCACAACAGCGUGAGUACAGCAGUGAUAAAUACAAAAGAGGAAUUAAAGGAUGAAAAAAUUAAAAGUUAAGAUAAGAUACAUAAGAUAGGCUAUAUAUGUAUUUGAGUGUUGAUAUUUCUCGGGCUCCAGCAUUAAAACUUGUAAAUCUUCCGAUCUUCUACAAAACUUUGGUAAACUUUGAUACUUUUUCAAAAGUUGAUAGUUUACUAAAGCCUUUUAGGAGCUGCUCAGACAACAUGAAAAAAUAUAAAUGUGUUUCUUUCAUUUAGAGAAACCACCUUUAACAUUAGUUUGACAAAUUGUGAUGACUUUCUCUGAUAUUUCCAGAACCGUAUGUGGCGUAAGACCAGGAAGCCCAACCCCGGCUCCAGCUGUGUUGGAGUUGAUCCCAACAGGAACUGGGACGCUGGUUUUGGAGGUAUUUAUUCUUACUGUCGCUGAAAUUUGAUGAGGAAAUGUAACUCUGAAAACACAUUGUCUAACUGCCAAACAACUGUUGUGUUUUUGACAUAACUGCGUGGGUUAGAAGUACUUUUAUUUUCACUCUUCAAACCUAUUGGCUACUCCUGUCCCCUGAUAUCAUUAACAAUAUCACCACUAGAUGGUGCCAAAAUCCUGAUAAUCAAUUCUCAUACACAGGACUCAACUUUGCACUUUUUUGUCUCUUAUUUUUUUGGGUACAUUUUAACCGUGAUGAAAUGAUAUUUAUGGACAAACUGUGGCUUCUCUGCUCUUGCACUUUCACUGACACUCUCAUCGCCCACCUGUAGCACCCGGUGCCAGUAACAACCCCUGCUCAGAGACUUUCCGUGGACCCAGAGCUCACUCUGAGUCUGAGGUCAAGUCUAUUGUGGACUUUGUGAAGGCCCACGGUAACAUCAAGGCCUUCAUCUCCAUCCACGCCUACUCCCAGAUGCUCCUGUACCCCUACGGCUACACCAAGACUCCCGCCAAGCACCAGGCUGAGCUGGUAAAAAGCAAUCCAGACUUAUCAAUAUAGUAGAGUUUCAAUUGUAAUGAAGAUAAAUAACAUAUUGUGAUGUUUGUGGUCUCUUACAGCACAGCUUGGCUAAGAAGGCCAUCACUGACCUUGCCACUCUGUAUGGAACUCGCUACAGAUACGGCAGCAUCAUCAACACCAUCUGUAAGUUUGACUCAGUUUACUCACAAUAUUGUCUCUUUUUUCCACUUUCACACCAAGAAAUAUUAUUCUCUCUACUUAUAAUUCCAUUUUCACUGCUGAUACAGAAUGACAAUCUCGAUUUAAACCUAAAAAGCUGAAUAGAUUUCUAUUUAUCUAUAUCACAAACAUCGGUUCAUGUGGAGUCACUGGUGGAUUACUAAGAAUUUGGGCAUUUUAUCAUAAUCAUUACAGAAAACCAUAGAAGGAGGAUUAUCUGUGUAAAAGGGACAGGGUUAAACAAUACUGGAUGGUGAUCUUUAGGCACUGGAUCAAAACAGGGAUGACUCUGUAGUCUAAAUCACUGUAUGUGUUCGAAUUAUUCCCCAAAUCUACUGUCUUUGCACUAUUUUCAGAUAAAAAUUGGGGUGUUAUCAGUAGGGUUUCCCCCUGCUGGUGAAUAAUCAGAAUGCAGGAUGAGGCCAAUUAUUAUUAAUCAUAACAAUAGUACAUUUUAUUUUUAGUGCCCUUUACAUCUAAAGACCUCAAAGGGCUACAUCUUAAAAGCAAAGAAAUUUCACAGUAAAGGAAUAUAAAAACAGGUUGUUGGUUAAAAACAAGAGAAAAAUCUCAUUAAAAGAGUAAAAGCAAAAAAAGAAUCCAUGAGGAGGGACUAAAAGUUGUGCUAAAAAGAAAAGUUUUGAGUCAAUUCUUCAUUGGCAUCAGUUUUGUAGGCCUAUUUAGGGCCAUCAUAUAUAUACGAAUACAGGAUUUGAUAGCUAACCCACAAACUUUCUCCUUUCUUAUUAUAAUUUCAUUUUUAUAUUUAAACUCCAAAUAUUAUCGAUUCUAACAUAAGUCAUUCAGAUCAGAUUAAGGACCAAUCAAAAAAGACCCCCCUGUAGAUUAACUGACUGAAUCUUCCUUCUUCACACAUGUAAACUCAUGUUUUAUACAAACAACCCUGAGAGUUUCCUCUUUGAUUUACAGACCAGGCUAGCGGCAGCACUGUUGACUGGACCUACGACCAGGGCAUCAAGUACUCCUACACCUUCGAGCUGAGGGAUACCGGCCGCUACGGCUUCCUCCUGCCAGCCAAGCAGAUCGUCCCCACCGCCACCGAGACCUGGCUGGCUCUGAUGGCCAUCAUGAACCACACCUACCAGAACCCCUAUUAAUCUGUGUGCGUGUGAGAGAGGAUGGGUAAUCCCACCUGCAAAAUCUUUUCUUAUAAUCUAAUACCACCUUCUUCAUCAUCAUCAUCAUCAUCAUCAUCAUCAUCAUCAUUGCUGAUUGGACAUACCACAAACAGACAAAUAAACAAGUACUUUGGUUCAUGUC